AUUCUCGUCAUUUUACAGAAACUUCCACGCUCGUUCAAGUUUCUUCUCCAUCCCUUUCUCUUAACAGAAUAACAAACCAGGAUUAUGACCAUGAUAAAUCUCCACUUGGCACAAUGACCUAACUUGUCUCUUCCUUUCUUGAUUCCGGUAAGAAUCAUUCACCUCAACUCUGAAUCUUGGUAAAAUCAACGUUCUUGAACAGGAAAAGGGAUUCAAGAAAGAGAGAGGCCAAAGUUACAUGGCAACUCAGUUUCUAGAGAUCACCUUGAUCUCUGCGCAACAUUUGAAGUUGCCCUCUAAUAGCAAGCGAAUGCAGACAUAUGCCCUAGUCUGGGUUGACUCGUCCGCCAGGCUCCGUACCGGAGUCGACCGAGUUGGAGGUGAAAACCCAACCUGGAAUGACAAGUUCCUAUUUAAAGUGACGCCGGAAUUUCUCUCGUCUGAAACUUCGGCAGUCUCAAUCGAGAUCUACGCCUGCGGUACUUAUCGCGAUUACGUCGUUGGCUUCGUCCGUGCUCUCGUCAGCAACAUUUCCCUCUCCGAAGGCAACAACACACCGUCCUUUACGGCUCUUCAGAUUCGCCGUCCAUCUGGAAAAUUCCGAGGAGUGCUUAAUAUCGGUGCAAUGCUGGUGGAUCGCUCCGCUUUCGCAGGAUUAAACGAAUUUGAUGCGAUCGGGUACCGUGACUUGAUGGGAGAGAGUGAGACAGCCAAGAAAACACGGAUAAGGAAAUCGAAAUCAGUUGCUAAUGACCUUAAUUCCAUUGAAAGUAGAUCUGAAAUGGAGAUUUCUUCUUGUGCUGGAUCUCCUUAUUCAGAUGGUUAUGAAUCGACGGCUUCUUCAUCGUCAACUCCAUCAAUGGUGUUGAAGGAUUUGAAUGGAAAUGAAAUCCCGCGAAACCCUCGUCGAGUGAGAUCAAAAUCGACAGGUAUGUUGUGUGGGCUGCUGUAUAAUAAGAAGAAUGAUCCCGAUCCGUCUGAUGUGAACUUUGAUGAUUAGCGUGGUUCCUGGGAUGAUUUGAUUUAAGAGCAUAUGGUCAUUGGAACCCACCCAACCCAACCCAACCCAGCUCAUACGAAGAAUGAAUGUGAGAAGAAACUUGGCUUGGAAUAAAAUGGAAUCUGAGAAUUAUAAGUAAUGUUACAAAGUAAAAUUGCUUUUAAAUAUUAUUUCAAUUUAUACACGUACUUCCUAAAUUUUAUGCUCUGUAGUGCAGCAUCACCAUGAACACCAGGUAAGAAUUAAUACAGAGAUGAUACGUACUUCCGUAUUUGCUCGAA